CAUUAACCAGCCCAGGGAGUUCAGUUUUUCUUUUGUGUGUGUGCACUUCACAGAGCAACAUGGCGGCGACCAGCGUCCCCUCCGUGUGGUCUAAAGGACAGAAGCUGUUCAGGUGCUCUGUGACUCUGGACCAGGCGAGCAGGAGGUUUUCAGAGAAUGGCGACAAAGGCUGGUUCCGUUCCCUAUUUGUGCACAAAGUCGAUGCCAGGAAAGAUGCCCACUCCAACCUGCUGUCAAAGAAAGAGACCAGCAACCUGUACAAAAUUCAAUUUCACAACGUCAAACCAGAGUGCCUGGAAGCAUACAACAGUCUAGAGGCUGAGGUGCAAAACAGGCUCCAUCAGGACCAGGAUUACCCAUGUGAGGUGGUGGGAAGCUGGAAUACCUGGUACGGAGAACAGGACCAAGCUGUGCAUCUAUGGCGAUACAGAGGAGGCUACCCAGCGUUGACUGAAUGCCUGAUGAAGUUGAACAACAACAAGGAGUAUUUAGAGUUUCGUAAAGAGAGGGCGAAAAUGUUGGUUUCAAGGCGAAAUCAGCUCCUGCUGGAGUUCAGCUUCUGGAAUGAACCUGUGCCCAGACCAGGACCGAAUAUCUAUGAAAUGCGAACCUAUCACCUCAAGCCAGGAACUAUGAUUGAAUGGGGAAACCACUGGGCGAGGGCAAUCAAAUACAGACAGGAGAACAACGAGGCAGUGGGCGGGUUCUUCUCACAGAUCGGAGACCUUUGUGUCGUUCAUCAUUUGUGGGCUUAUGGAAGCCUCCUGUCCAGGGAGGAGACCAGGAACGCUGCCUGGCAGAAGGAGGGAUGGGAUGCAAAUGUGUAUUAUACAGUGCCUCUGAUCAGAAGCAUGGAGUCUAGAAUAAUGAUUCCCACCAAGAGUUCGCCUUUACAAUAAGAACAAGACUGAAACUGAGAACAUCUCUCCGACUGAAACUCAAUCACCAACUGCCAGAGCAACAUGUAGUUUUUUUUUUUUUUUUUUUUUUUUUUUAAAUCUGCUGGAUUAUGUUCAAGUAUGUAAACAAACCCCCUUUUUCUGAUUCUAUAUGUGCUUAUCAGCCAGCCAGCCAUGAAACGUAGCGAUGCAGUAUGUGUGUGCAUAGAUUUUGCCUACAUUUCCAGAAGUUUAGUUUCAAUAUUUGAAAAAAAUGAAUGACAAACUGGCACAAUGAAAUACCAAAUUAAUUGCAUUGCAUUUCUUGCAUGUAUAUUACACUGUCGAGUGAGAAUGUCAUGAUUGUGUAGAACUAGGUGCAGUAUGUUUCCUGCCUUUUUGCUUUUAGCAUGAAUUAUGGGAAAAGGCUGUGUAUUUCUUUUUCCCAACAAAGGAAGAGUCUCCACCCAGCCUUUUAUGAUUGCAUUUUUUAUGACUGAAUAUGAAUCACCCUGAGCCUCACAGCUGUGACUGUGGAACACAUGUUUGAUCAAAUAAAACUUGUCAGACCUCA